GACGUGUCAAACCUCAGCCUGAGUGAUUCUUUAUUGACCACGAGCUGGGCGGGAAAUAAUCUACUGGUGUCGUAGGCGACGAUGGCCCUUAGUCGAAGGCUGUGAGCAAUGGAACAGCGGCCAGCAGUGCCGACUUACGUCCUACGAGGCCACGACGCCCCCAUUCAUGCACUUCACUAUUUUUGCAGGAAUGCUUAUCUAGCUUCCGGUGAUAGUCAAGGUUGGUUGGUGAUAUGGAGUCUGGCGACUAAACGUCCCAUGGCCGUCUGGAAAGGCCACGAAGGAGCAGUCAUGGCCAUCCGGCACUGGACUAAUGACAGACUUGUCAGCCAUGGAAGGGAUCACAAACUUUGCGUCUGGCAAGUUCGAAGCCAAGACAUUGCGGUUCUGGAUACGAAAUUACCCGGCGAUGGAGCGCAUCCUGACCAAGCGCAGCCGUGGCUGUUGCAUUCUAUGCCAGUCAAUGCCCUGAACUUCUGCGCAUUCUCCAUGUGCGACGAGACUCCCCAGGAGCAUUCCGAUGCCGAAGCCGCCCCUCAACUGAUCGCCUCCCCCAACGGCCUUGAUUCAGGAGGUAUCGACAUGUUUCAACUUCCUUCCAAGCGUCGAGUGUCACAAAUCCCUUCUGACAAGAUCUCCCCAACCGGCAUGGUUAUGGCAGUCUUUCUGUUCCACGACCCAAGUUCUAGACUCCUCUUGGUAUCUGGCUACGAGGAUGGACAAGUGAUAGUCCAUUCACAGCAAGAGGAAACGAACGCUAAGAGCAAAUGGAAGAAGCUCAUGUCGAGCAAACCACAUUCGCAGCCUAUUCUCUCACUUGAUGUUUCACCUUCCAGGGGACAUUUCAUUACCUCGGGUGCCGACGCUACAAUAGCGAAAUUUGCACUGCACCUAACCGACGUCCCCGACGAGACACGACUUGAAAAGGCUGUCAACACUAAACACGCCGGCCAGCAAAGCCUGAGCAUACGCUCGGACGGCAAGAUCUUUGCCACGGCUGGAUGGGACGGUCUUGUCCGGGUCUAUUCCGUAAAGACAAUGAAAGAGCUGGCUGUUCUACAGUGGCAUAAACAAGGCUGUUAUGCCACAGACUUUGCCGCAAUCGAGCCUGACAAUGGUGAUGUGCAUGCUGGUACUGUUACCGAGUCAGAGCCAGACAUAUCAGGCAGCCAGUCUGCCGAGGUCGUACCAAGGCCUACAGCACUUGAAUUGAUCAAGCGUCAACGAGAAGAAAAGGCCCUUCGCACACACUGGUUGGCAGCUGGUGGCAAAGACGGCAAAAUUUCGUUAUGGGAUAUUUACUGAUGCCCAUGCAUAACGUGCUUCGUCCUGCUUUGAAGCCUUUUUGGUCGAUAUAGUGGACCAGCUGCUGACUCCUCCGAUCGAUAUCUCGGAAAAACUGUUAUAAACAGAACCAUAGGUCGCAUAAGGCAUUCUUGCACUGGAUAACAUCAUACCCGCCCUGAUGUACCAAUCAUUUCGUCUCGCCCUCCCUUGGUUCCAGAAUAACAUUGUCAAUCAGCCUCACCACUCUCUGGCCCACCUCCUCCUCACUUCUCGGCUCAUCAACAGGCUGCACGUACACGGCAGCACUCAAGAUUGCUCCUCGUCUGGGGUCAACCUUAGCAAAAUCCGGAAUCAUCCCCAUACUGUCCGGCUCGCUCAAGGCGAUAUAAUCAAUCUCCAGCUGACAACUUCCUCCCAGCUGGCCAUCUUUCCUCUUGACUAGCGAUCCUUGGUUGAAAACAUCAUACGCUGCGUUUCUGAUCAUUUUACCCCUGAGUUCGCCAGAGUUGUACAAAUCUCUGGCAGCAAAUAGUGCCCUGGACAAUACAACGGCAUCCUGCCUCCGUCGCUCACCGAGAUAUACAUUCCGACUGCUCAUAGCCAAGCCAUCGGGCUCUCUACUCGUGGGGAUGACACGUACUUCAGUCGGGAUGUGGAAGUCCUUGACCAUACGUUUGAUCAGGACGCAUUGCUGGAUAUCUUUCUGUCCAAAGUACACACGGUCGGCUUGCAUGAUGUUGAACAGUUUUGUGCAGACUGUGGCCACGCCGCGAAAGAAGAUGGGCCGAGAUGAACCCUCGAGUUGGUUUCCAAGGGGCGUGAUUGUCACGAAGGACCCAGAACCUGCAAUAUCCGAGCUAGGCGGUAGAGUAGGAUACAUGACUUUGACGGUGGGCGCGAAGACGCCACGGAUCUUGGAGCCCGAGUUUGGCCCCGAUGAGGCAGCAUGCUCGUCUUGUACUUGUUUCAGCUUUCGCAGAUCGUCCUCCCAAGUCUUGGGGUAAGAAUCCAGGUCUUCAUGUGCAGCAAACUGUGUGGGGUUGACGAAGAUGGAGACAAAUACGUCUGUGUUUUCUUGUAGAG